AUGCGUUCAAUAUCGAUUUAUGUAACUUCGUUAAGUAUACCACAACCAGGUUGUAAUGUUACGACGACAGGGCCAAUUGCCACCGAAGCAUUCUAUAUCAUGCUAGCAAUACAUGGAACGUGUGGUGAUGUAAUGUUCAGUGGACAUACAGUCUCGAUCACGCUAUCCGUUCUCUGUUGGACUACCUACAGUAAAGGUGAAGAAUAUCGUCCAUUUAUUUGGCUUUAUCAUAAACUAUUUCGUCGCCAUCAACAACAUGUUCAGCGUCCUCAAUCACGUCUCUUUCUCUGGUUUUUUUAUCCAAAACUGGAUGCAACUGGUGAUCCAAUGACACUCUACUUUACCGCAUACCUCGUUUGGAUCUAUGCUAUAACUGGAUAUCUCUUUCUAAUUGCAACACGUUUUCAUUAUACAGUUGAUGUUUUUAUUGGGUUUCUACUGUCAAUCUUAACUUGGAAAUAUUAUCAUUUUUAUAUUAAGACACUGUUUGAACGAAGUAAUAUAAUGAUUACAAGAUUUUUCAUAUGGUUUGAAGGCUUGAGUAAGCCAAGAACGACUAGUAUGGCACCGGAAUAUCAUGGACAGCAAACAGCUGUACCAAUUAGUAUAUUGACAGGACCACUGCCACAAGGCACAGAGAGUAUUAAUGGAGAUGUUGUACAAUGUCCAGGUGAUGCUGGCAUAAAUGUGUGA